UAUUAUGUGUAGUGGAAGGGAAGCAGCAGGCGUGGAGCGGAAUGGAGGAGGCCCACCUCGUCAGCUGACUCUCACCAGCACACGUUUUCCACUCUAACUACCCUAGUAACGCUCUCUCAACACUCUCCACCAUGCCCCUGGCAGGAGAGAGACAGCGGAGCCCGGCUGCGAGUGACUGGUUAACGUUGGGUGCAGAUGUGAGGGUAAAACUGGUGUAGAGAGUGUUGGCCUUGGAGGCGGCCCUGCCUGUGGAGGCACCAACAUAAACAAAGAUCAGGUGGAGCAGCAGCUGAGACUUGACAGUUUCCACCUUCAUGUUUCCUCUCAUUCUUCUCGCCUGCCACCUUCCUCCUCCCACAGGCUUCACCAACCUGAAGGCCAUUGCCCUGUCAAGGUUGUAUAUAUAGAUGUUUCUACCUGUGAAGUUAGUUUUGUAUUAAUUUGUACCGCUAGUAACUUAGGGCUCUAGCAUGGGUAGGCCUAUGAAAGUAACUAUGUACAGUGAGCGGUUGUCGCGAUGGUAGUUUUAUAUAUUUGUAUAUGUGAUUAUAGACUGCAUUAGUGAAGAUGAGGACAUCAGGAAAAAUUAAUGAGCUAUCGGGGUGCUCCCUUCGCUAUUUGGAAUGGAGAGCAUAUCAUUCUGCAAGACCGGAUUGGGGUCCUUCAGUAGCGUCUUCAUCGUUUCUUUCAAGGAGACUUGAUACUUCAAAGAAUCUCUACCGCAAGGACCUCUAUGCCCACUAUGGCUGUGUCAAUGCUAUAGAGUUUUCCAAAGAAGGAGAUCUACUGGUAUCUGGUGGUGAUGACCGGCGUGUGCUUCUGUGGAAUGUUGAUAAGGCCCUGUCAGGUAAUCAUCGGCCUCGCACAAUGAAGGGUGAACACAACAGCAACAUUUUUUGCCUUAGUUUUGACUCCUGCAAUGCUAAGAUUUUCUCCGCUGGAAAUGAUGAGCAAGUCAUUGUACAUGAUUUAAAAACGGGUGAAACUGUGGAUGUGUUCUUGCACCGGGAGGCUGUGUAUGGGGUAUCUGUAAGCCCGACUCAUGACUGUGUGUUUGCUAGUGCUGGCGAGGAUGGACAGGUGCUCCUCUAUGAUAUGAGGGAGUCUGCUGCUUCAGAUCCUGUGUGUUUAGCGCGUUACCAUGACGCCUUCCAUGCUGUGCAGUUCCAUCCAGUAGAAUCAAUGUUUGUAGUUACUGCUAAUUCCCGGGAAGGAGUCUCUUUGUGGGAUGUACGCAAGCCCAGAAUACCUGUGUUGAGAUAUGGAGAAAAGCGAUGUGCACAGUCGUCCAUGUGUGCAAGAUUUAACAGAACAGGUAGCCAGAUCAUCGCACUGCGGAGAAGACUUCCUCCUGUCCUUUACGAUACUCAUAACUCAAAACCAGUCUGUCAGUUCGAUGCUGAGCAUUACUACAACUCGUGCACAAUGAAAAGCUGCUGUUUUGCAGGUGAUAAUGACCAGUUUGUUCUCUCAGGCUCAGAUGACUUUAAUCUCUACAUGUGGAAGAUCCCAGAAAACAAUAGUUCAGAACACUUCGUAUCGGAGGCUCACAUGGUUUUAAAAGGUCAUCGUUCUAUUGUCAAUCAAGUGCGUUUUAACCCACAAAACUUCAUUGUUGCAUCCUCUGGAGUAGAAAAGAUUGUAAAGCUUUGGAGUGGAUUGUCUUUGCCUGGAUGUAAUGGCAGUUUAAGAACAAGCAAUUCUGGAAGUUUCAUGACUAGAAGAGUCUACACACACGAGGAGUACAUUGGACUUGUUAUGGAGAGUGGCCAGGUGAGGGUUCCAUACAGUGCUGCUUACUCAAGAAUGGGUCACACAUAUGAGGAUGUGAAUCAUGACUACAGCCAUGGAAGCACAGAUGAGGACCCUCGCAUGAUGGCUUUCUUUGACUCUCUAGUGCAGAGAGAGGUGGAAGGUUGGACCUCGAACACCGACCUUUCUGAUGAUCUUGAAAAUGAUGCACAACUCUCAGGGCAAGAUGAUGAUGAUACAGAAACUACUACAACUCACUCAUCUCUGGCUGUUGUCACAUCACAGUCUGAUGAUAAUGAUUCCGAUGAUGAACCAAGUGGUAGCCAUGGACAAGAAAGUUCUGAUGAACAACAAGAAACUAGACAAAGGUCAAAUCAACUCUCAAGAAGAAGACAGAGUCGUAACGAUCCUCCAAAGAAUGAAGAAGAUGAGGAUGAUGAUGAUGAUGAUGAGGAUGAUGAUGAUGAUGAUGAUGAUGAUGAAGGAGAUAAAAUCUCUGGAGGAAGUGAAUGGAUUAUGCGUUUGAUUGCCAAGAAAAGAGCCAAACUUAGGAUUGCUAAACGAGCCAGAAGGAAACACAAGCAUCUCAGGAGACACCGCAAGAAAGCUCAGCAUUUUCUUCGCUCCUUUACAACAAGCAGAAGGCGAUAUUUGUACCACCCUGAAGGGCAAAAUUCCAUUGAAGACCGUCAGGUUCGAGGAGAAUUAUCAGGGCUUCCAAGCACCGUGGAAGGCAGUGGUGGGUCAGUUAGACGGCGGACAUCAUAUAGUAGAAGGUAUCUAGCCCCUUACACUAUUAUGGUAGUCCAAAAUACUGAGCCAGAUUCUGAACCAAAUUCAGAUGAACAAGAUGAUGGUAAUGCCAGUGACACAGAGGAAGAGGCUCAGACUGUUCAGCAACGGUAUAGAGAAAAUGGUGAAGUAGAAAAUGGAAAACGUAUAGUGUGGUCUUCCGAUAGCGAAUCCAGUAGUGAUGAUGGCGUAUUACCUUCCAAACGGAAACGAACUAAUUUAAAUAACAGUGAUAGUGAUGAGGAAGAAUUGCAAGAGACAAAAAAUGGGCAUAUUAUAUCAGAAAUAGUUGAUUCUAAUACUAGUGAUUCUGAAAUAGAAAAAUCAAUAAUUGCUGUAACAACACAAGACCAAGGGAGUAAUUUUAGUGAAGGCCCUAGCAGUAGAUCUAAUUGUAAUCCUGAUAUUCUGAAUGAUACCACUUUAUCGGAAAAGAGCUUUGGUGAUAGCAAUGGUAUCAAUGACAUUGAUAAUGAGUUGAACAUAAGCAGUGCUGUUAGUGAUGCAAUUCCAAUUAGUAGUAUUUCAACUGAUGAUAAUGGAUCUCUCUUAUUUGACAUUGAUCAUGGCUCAAUUGUUUCUGGGUUGGAUCUUCCAAGCAGUUUAGAUUUGGAUCCACCAGCACCAAUUAGCAAAAAAAUCAUGCAGAAUGGAUCAAACCAAGCAUCCAAUGGAGCACCAUCUGCAAGCACCCCAGAUAGUGGAAUUUUAGUUCUUCCAUCUAGCACAGAGAAAAGUGAAGAUGAAAAUAGAACUGGAAAUGAAAUUGAGGGUAGCAUAAGCAUUAAUGGAACAGAAAAUUCUAGUGCAGGUGGCGAACAAUCUUUAGUGUUUAAAAAGCGAGUGUCUGCUUGUAAUCUUAGAAAUUACCGAAGACACAAUGAAGAUCUUUGAGAGUAGUAGUUAUUUGCCAUUGGGAUUUUUUUUUCUUGAUGGUCUUCUAUUUUUUUUUUUUUUUAAAUUUUUAAAAUAUCUUUGAAAAUUUAACAGAUUUGAUUUUUACAUUAUUAAAGUAAGUAUAUUGCUUUUUAAAUAUGUAUCGGAAUAAAUAAUUCCAAUAGUUGAAAUAGGCCAAUGGGCAGUGUGUGAUAUAUGUUCUCUAGAUUUUGCAAUUAUAUUCAAAUUUAGGUUUUUUUUUUUUUUUUUUUGUAUAUAUUUUUAUUUCCUUGCCAAAGAAUGUGUGUUUUUGUUUGAAGUCAGAUAUUGUGUUCUUUGAAGAGCUCAGUGACAGCAUUAAAUAUUUUUUUCAAGUUUGUCAUAGUUUACCACAGCUAGAACGAUCAUUGGAAUACCACCGUGACAACAUUACUAACUGAAGGUGAAUUUUCUUCUGAAUUUCAUUUGAGUGUGUACUUGCCUAGUUGUGUUUGUAGGGGUUGACCUUCAGAUCCUGGGCCCUGCUUCUUACUAAUUACUUGAUGAGUGGGAUUAACCCCAAACCCCAUGAGUCGCUAUCAUGUUUAUCACAUUGUGUAUGGAGUUUGCCUACACAACUUUUAUUUCUUGGGCUCAUUCAAAUGUUUAGCUUCUAUUUGUGUCCUCUCUUUCUAGUCCCAUUACUUUCAAACUGUCUUUAUGUACCAGGUCAGUAUUUCUGAGUAUCUUGUGUAGUGUGACUCACAGGUAUGUCCCCACUGAGCUUUCAUUUCUCCUGCAUUGUAAUGCUUAAUUCUUUCUGUCUGUCCUCAUACCUCAGGUCCUAUAACUCAGGAACUCUCUUGGUGGCAAAUCUCUGGAUCUUCCCAAGCUUUCUCAUUUACCUGAGAUAUAGAUUCCAUGCUGGUGCUGUACACUCCAAUAUUGGUCUCAAAUAUGAGGUGCAUAUUAUCCUAAAAGAAUCCAUGUUGAAAUUCCUGAAAGCUGUUCUUCUGUUUGCCAUCAAUGCAUAUACUGAUAUUUUGCUGUAUGUGAAUCUGGUAUUAGGUCUUUCUUAUCCUGACAGUAGUAGCUGCUUUCCUUUUAGGUUGUAGGUACUACUGCCUUUCUCUUUUGCCUAUCUUCAUAACCUUGUACUUGUAGGAGUUGAAUUCAAAUUACUAACUUGACAACUUCUGUAGCUUAUCAGUGUAUUCCAUGUAUUCCUGCAGCUAUUUGCAAUUCUCUUUCGUUUCUGUUCUCAUUAGUUUUGGAUUAUCUGAAAAGUAUCAAUAUUAGGAAGGGAGAUCUCUAGGUAAAUUAUUCAUAUGUAUCAAGAACAGUUCAGUACUGAUUCUCGGAGUACUCUAGGUUUUACUUCUCCCCAGUCUGAUUUCUCUUCUCAUUGUGGUUUCUGUUUUUCAAAUGCCAAGUUUUUGACAGGAAGAGCGAGAAAGAGUGACCCAACAAAGAAGAAAAUACUUAAACUGUCACUCAAUCACUGUCUUGCUAAAAGAGCACUGACAUUGCAGUUCAGAUGUCCCUCUAGACUGCAACAUCCCCACCCCUCUUCCAGAGUGUAGGCACUAUAUUUCCCCACCUCCAGGACUUAAAUUUGGUUAACUGGUUUACCCUGAACAGUGCAACAGCAUGCCGUAAAAAAACCACUUGCCUCCAUUCACUCCUAUCUAGCAUGAUCACACAAGCUUUUUGGAUGUCCAAGUCUCUAGCACUCAAAACCUCUUAUACGUCCUCCCUCCACCCUUUCCUAGGACAACUCCUACCCCUCUAUUCCACCCCAGAUUUAUACACCUUCCUAGUUGUUCUGUUUUUCUCCAUCCUUGCUAUAUAUUCAAACCACCAUAACUCCCUCUCCUCGGUCCUCUAAAUAAUUAAGAGGUGUGGUAACUCCACACCUCCUGAUCCCCACACUCCAAAUUCUCUGCAUAAUAUUCACACCACAUAUUGCUUUCAAAUACAACAUCUCUAUUGCCUCCAGCCUCUUCCUCCUUGCUGCAACAUUCAAACCUAUUCUUCAUACCCAUAUAACAAUGUUGGUACCACUAUACUCUGGUACAGUCUCAUUUUGCCUCCAUGGAUAAAGUUCUUUGUUUCCACAGGUGCCUCAGUGUACCACUCACCCUUUUCCUUUUGUCAGUUCUGAGUCAUCUCCUCUCUCAGAACCAUCUGCCAAGUCCAUUCCCUAAUACUAUCUGAACACAUUCACUUCCCCCAUACUUCCUCUCUCCAAUCUGAUGUCCACUCUUACUUUUCCUAUAGGUUUUGAUACUUUCUUCACCUUGUUCUUUCCUGUGUCAAGUACAGUACUCAGUCUGAAAUAUUAUAUUUCUAAGUUAGUCAUUAGUGAGGCAUCGAGACACCAUGAGAGGCCUUCUGACUUUUUAAAAAUGUAAUCUGACCACCAUUCACUUUUAUCAUAUUUCUGUCAUCCUAUCAUAGAAACCUUUUAUCAAGUUGGUGAGGCAGAAUUUGCAUUCCUGUACCUGUGUGUUGGUCUGUUAUGAUGUCUACGCUUUCCAGGUGAUCUACCAUCCUUAUGCUACUUUUGCAUCUUUUCAUAAAUUGCUCAACAUACCCACAACCUUUUUCUUUUCCAUCUUAUGAUGUAUUUCAUUCAUCAUGGCUUCACACAUUUGAUAUUUCCACUUACGAGCAUUUGUUUAGAUUUACUUCCUCCACACUUCUUCCAUGAGAUUAAAUGACAGAAUGAAAAAAGGAGAGAUGUAUCACCUGAUGGGUAUUCAAAAAGAUGUCAGUCACAGGAGAAAAAUAAAAUUAUAGGAAUGUCUAGAAAGGAAGAAGUUAGUAAAUGUUUGCAAAAAUGGAAAUACAAUAUAUCAAAGUAUGGUGAUGUAAAUAUUUUUGUGUGAGUGUGAAGUAUGGAGUGAAUAUUUUGCAGAGAAUAAGGUGUGAUUCAAUGCCAGAAGAAUGGUUAUAGGGAUGAUUUGGUCUUUUGAAAGAGUAGAGCUUGACUUUGUCUCAUAGUAUGUAUUGACAGAUUAAGCUUUGUGUGUGUGUGUGUGUGUGUGGGGGGAGCAUGCCUGACUCAUGACAUGUUUCAAGGUCUGCAUGGUCUUGUUUUGUUCAACACUUUAUAUAUCAUAGCUAUUACUACUAAGAAUACUAAAUAUCUCUCAAAAUUUAUUUCUUAAGUUGUCAUACAGUUACUGAGGAAAUUAAUCUUUAUUACUUCUAUCACUCCUUCAUAAUAGCUAUGUUAAAUACUGAACACAAAAUACCAUGAAAACUGGUUAGUUAUGAUUUGCCUGUGUGAUGGUGUGUGAGUUCAUUAUUUGUUUCUGUAAAUCUUUCACAGUGGUUGAGUCGUGUGCGGUUCCAUUUGUAGCCAUGCAGCUUGAAAUUGGUAAAUACGUAUUCAAAAGAGCAAGGAAAUAACCUACAGGAAUGAUGUGAAAGCUUUGCUUAGUACUAUAUCCAGUACUAUUCAUUGGGCCACUAAAGAUUUGAGAAGCUCGACUCACUUUUCACCAAUAUAAGUUGCUCCAAAAUUUUCUUUCGUGAUGUUACUGUUUCUUCUGCUGUAUGGAGGCUUAUCUUUCGUUGCAUGGAAUAAAAUUUGUGUUUUUUAUGCUAAGAGUUUGAUAGUAAUGUGCUCACUGGUGUUUUUUUUAGCCAUUAUAUUACAUGUACAGUGGAACCUUGACUUACGAGUGUCCCAACGUACAAGUUUUUUGAGAUACGAGCCGUCCCUGGGUCGAUUUUUUGCUCCGAGUUACGAGCCAGCUCCCCCGCUUCCCCAUCUAAGCAAAACCUGGACACCUCGCUUGUUUAUCUAUGAUUUCAUGUUUUAAUUUCAUGGAAAUCCUCUUUUUCUUCUCGGCUUUGUCCUUUGCACUUACUUUCUUAGGACCCACGCUUAGAAAAAUGAAAUUUGGCCAAAUGACUGUCAAAAAUGUAAACAAAACAUGAGAAAACUGCUCCCACAACGAGGUAAACAGUGAACUGAGUUGGUGGCGUUCGUUAUUAUAAUAAUAAUAAUUAUUAUUAUUAUUAAUUUAGGUAACUAGAGUACAGAUCCAAUUCCCUAGAUCAAGAGUCCCUCACCAGCGUCAAGGUUCCUUGACGCUGGUGAGGGGCUCUUGAUCUAGGCAAUUGGAUCUGUGCUCUAGUUACCUAAAUUAAUAAUAAUAAUAAUAAUAAUAUUAUUAUAAUGAUAGAGUUUGUUUCCUAAACUAAUAAUAAUAAUAAUUAUUAUAAUAAUAAUGAUAGAGCUUCAGUUCCCUAAAUUAAUAAUAAUGUAGAAGAGAGGGAGACUACUUCCCUGUAAAAAGUAGGUCUUAGACAAGGAUGUGUAAUGUCACCAUGGUUGUUUAAUACAUUUAUAUCUGGGGGUGUAAAAGAAGUAAAUGCUAGGGUGUUUGGGAGAGGGGUGGGAUUAAAUUUUGGGGAAUCAAAUACAAAAUGGGAAUUGACACAGUUACUUUUUGCUGAUGAUACUGUGCUUAUGGGAGAUUCUAAAGAAAAAUUGCAAACGUUAGUGGAUGAGUUUGGGAGUGUGUGUAAAAGUAGAAAGUUGAAAGUGAACAUAGAAAAGAGUAAGGUGAUGAGGGUAUCAAAUGAUUUAGAUAAAGAAAAAUUGGAGAGGAGUAGUAUGGAAGAAGUGAAUGUUUUCAGAUACGUAUUUGGGAGUUAAUGUGUCAGCGGAUGGAUUUAUGAAGGAUGAGGUUAAUCAUAAAAUUGAUGAAGGAAAAAAGGUGAGUGGUGCGUUGAGGUAUAUGUGGAGACAAAAAAAAACGUUAUCUAUGGAGGCAAAGAAGGGAAUGUAUGAAAGUAUAGUGGUACCAACACUCUUAUAUAGGUGUGAAGCUUUGGGUUGUAAAUGCUGCAUCGAGGAGACGGUUGGAGGCAGUGGAGAUGCCCCGUCUAAGGGCAGUGUGUAGUGUAAAUAUGCACAAAAUUCGGAGUGUGGAAAUUAGGAGAAGGUGUGGAGUUAAUAAAAGUAUUAGAGGGCUGAAGAGGGGUUGUUGAGAUAGUUUGGUCAUUUAGAGAAAAUGGAUCAAAGUAGAAUGACAUGGAGAGCGUAUAAAUCUGUAGGGGAAGGAAGGCUGGGUAGGGGUCGUCCUCGAAAAAGAUAGAGGGAGGGGGUCAAGGAGGUUUUUGUGGGCGAGGGGCUUGGACUUCCAGCAAGCGUGAGUGAGUGUGUUAGAUAGGAGUGAAUGGAGAUGAAUGGUAUUUAGGACCUGACGAGCUGUUGGAGUGUGGGCAGGGUAAUAUUUAGUGAAGGGAUUCAGGGAAACCGGUUAUUUUUAUGUAGCCGGACUCGAGUCCUGGAAAUGGGAAGUACAAUGCCUGCACUUUAAAGGAGGGAUUUGGGAUAUUGGCAGUUUGGAGGGAUAUGUUGUGUAUCUUUAUACAUAUAUGCUUCUAAGCUGUUGUAUUCUGAGCACCUCUGCAAAAACAGUGAUUAUGUGUGAGUGAGGUGAAAGUGUUGAAUGAUGAUGAUGAAAGUAGUUUCUUUUUUGGGGAUUUUCUUUCUUUUUGGAUCACCCUGCCUCGGUGGGAGACGGCCGACUUGUUAAAAAAAAAAAAAUACACAAUAUGUAUGUGGUAAUAAUUCACAAUGCUGCUGCUAGAUGGCACAGCUGAUGCCAAACCAUCGAACACGUUUACAUCGCUGUGGGAGCAGUUCUCUCGUGCUUGCUUGCAUUUUUUUUUACAGUCAUUUGGCUAAAUAUCUUUUCUAGCCAUGGGUCCUAUGAAAAUAAGUGCAAAGGACAGUGCUGAGAAGAAAAUGACGACGAUUUCCAUGGACUUAGCCAGGCAAUACGAGCUUAGUACAUCUAUGAUAUGUAGAUAUUAAAGCUGUAUCAGUUAUGUUCAGUGAUUAAACAAAACAAAUUGCAUCAGUUAAGUUCAGCAAUCAAGCAAAACAAUGUUGCUGUUGGAGGUUUACAGGGCCACUGACAUCAUAUGCCACAGCCUCAACCUCCCCUACCAUCUCUGCUCCAAGUGUGUAAAUACAUAUACACUUUCUAUAAACAGUUUAACAUUUCUUUACAUUCUGUAGUGUAUUAUGAUUUAUUAUGUUUUUAACAUUCUGCAGUUAGCCUCACAAAUACAUACUCUGUUUUCUCUUACAAUAAGAGCACGGGAAGAUACUAUAGUCAAAGUUAGACAGGAAAUGGCAGACGCUUACAACGCUGCCUCUGCCACCAUAUUAUGGCCUAUUUUAUUCAUUCUAGAGUAUAUAUCAUGUUUCUGUGUUAAUUAUAUUGUUUAUUAUGUCAUAUUAGAUGAAUUGUGAUAGAUAAAUAAGCCAUACAGUUGAUAUUAGUGUCAUAUUCAAGUAUUUUGUCUUGUCUCCAGAAUAAAUUGAGUUAAGAGCUAGGUCAUGGAACAGAUUAAACUCGUAAGUCAAGGUUCCACUAUUGUUUUUCUUUGUCCUUGAUUCUGUAAUCAGUUUAGGCAGCUCUUGCCACUUGAUCAUCUCAAUGUUGCCCUUCAUCUGCUUGGAAACAGUGGCAGGCCUUGGCUGUAUCAAUUUCCUCCUCUUGGCAAAUAGUAAGCUAUAUAUAUACUGAGAGGUGAAUAUCUCUUGUAUAUAUACAUUAAAGGUUUACCUUAAUCCUAUUUUAAGGAUUAACAUAUCCUUGAUUGGUGGUGUACAGGUUACAUGGAGCCUUAAUUACCCUUAUGUAGUCGAUAGGGUUUAAACCCAAUAAACCAACUAACCAGUCAGCAAACAGAAAGCUUAAUAAAAGAUUUGUGCCUGUUUUUUUUUUUUAACACGAGCUAAAACAGUUAAGAUACUGUGCCCUUGGAUGUUUGUGUGUUGCAUGUCAGGGAAUAAGCAGUACGUAUAUUGCAAGUUCCAUGUGGAAACCUUUUAACAUCAUGAAGUUGCAGUCUUGACUUUGGCACUGGGACAUUACAUCUUUGUCUGGCUGAGUAUUUACAUUUUCUUUUUAAUUAUAUUACUAAAGACAGUUUUGAACACCAUUUCAUAAGGCAUUCAUUUGACUUAGUUUUAGCCUAUUUCUUCUUUUGCCCAAAGUCUUGGAAUUUUAUGCAUAAACUGGUUUAUAAAGUACUGUAGAUUAAUUUGGAAGCAAGAAGUAAAGAAAGAGGUUGCUUGAGAUUGAUUGGAUCAGCAACUGUAUCAUUGGAUUUAAGAUGCCAGUGAAGUAAGACAGUGGGAAAAUAAUUACAUGUUGCAGAAAAGAGAAUGAAUGGAAACAGAAGUGGCAUGAUGAAUUUAGUGAGCAAAGAAAAUAGUUAUCAAGCAUUGCAUUCAUGUGACAUAUUAGUGUUUCAUUUUGUUAUUUGGUGUGUUUGUGAUGAAUGACUAUUUUUGCUUCUCGUGAGGCUUAUUACCUCUAUGUCAUCUCUUAUUUGCAAAUAAUGUAGAAUUAUUCAGUGAAUUGACUCAUUUGCUUGGGUUUCAUGUUCUAAAACCUUAGAGUAACUUUUAAUAAAAUGCUAAUAAAAUCUGUUGACAUUUUUAAAGUUGCUAAUUUUCCUUUUAAAAAUAAUUUUUCAGUAGCUUUAAAACUUCUAUUCUUUUAAGAAUCAUGGUUUCCCACUAUAAAUAUAUAUAAAAAAGAUGCUUGUCUUCUAAUAGAAGUGAUAAUUUUUAUAAUAUGAAAGACUAUUGUUUUAAUGUUGACUUAUUAUGAAUGGACCACUGUGAAAGAGAGGCUGGAUAUACAGGAGGGAAAUGGUAAGGGGAUAGAUAAUUGGCAGAAAAAUAAUGGUGGCUUUUUCUAAACACAGUAUUGAUCUAUAGGGUACUAACUGCCCUCUCCCAGUGGACACCCAAGGAUACUGGUGCUAAUUUUCUCCCAUUUGAAUGGCUGUCAUGACAAUGUCUUAGUUCUGUCUCCUAGUGCUGCACAAGUUGACUGGCUGCUGAUGGAGGCUCCAGCAUUGAUAAUGUUUAGUGGCUUGCCGCUGAUGCAUGGAACUACGGUAACCCAUCGUUUAAUGGACUUAGGAAAUAUGGACAAAAAAUCUGGGUCAAUAGAUUUGGAAACAAUGGACAAAGUCCUUUGGUUACAGAAUUAUUCAUUUUUGUUACAAAAUGUGCAAAAUAAUAAUUUCUCUAUCCAACACAAAAGCCAUACUGGCCACCUGCUUCCCCCAAUUAGUCCAUUAAAUAGAGGGUUUGCUGUAAUGUAUGAAAUGAUGGCUUGAAUUAUUUUUUCUGUAAAGAGGUUUAACAGAUAAGUUUUGACAAGAAUGAGUGCAGGUGUAAAAAUUUUAUGAGAGACCAGCUCAUUUAAGUGUGCUUAUUACCAAUAAUUUGCCAUUUUUAAAUUCAGUUUUACUCUUGAAUUUUGAAAAUAUGAUUUUGUCAAAGCAUCAUACAGUAUAACAUAUUCUUUAAGCUUUUCUUGAACGUAUCUAAUAACAUAUAUUGUAAACAAAACAAUAGCAGAUGUUGGCCAGUUCAUGGCCAUUAUUUAUUAGUUUCAAGAACUAUUUUAUAAGAAUAAUGUAGUGGUUGCCCUACCUGUGACCUGAAAUUUAUGUACAGUAGUAAACUACUGGUAUGUACAGUAUUACUAUUUGGCACAUGAAAUAAUGCCAUUUUUAAUUUAUAAAAGUUAUAUUACAAUAUUUAUUUUUCAUAGAAAUAUUGCAGCAUCUUUAAUCCACAAUUGCAAGUAGGACUAUACUGUACUGUUCCUCAUCCAAUGUAUGUUAACUUUAUAUAAAACUGUGAACUGAUUUUUUUGUAAAUAGCUGGGAGUUUGAUGGAACGUAGAGUUCUACCUUUGAUAAAAUUCAGGUUGAAUUCUACUUGUGUAAUGUGAAAAAUAUUGUAUUUUAGAUAUUUUCUGAAUAAGAUUUAUAUACAGUACUUAUAAUUCACUUUAUUUAAUUAAUGUAUAGUACCAAAAAUAAGAUAUUUGUUUUUCUUCUCUAUUUUCUGGAAAGCUAAUAGAGCAUGAAAGGAAAAAUGCCAAAAUAAAGCAAGUUUUUUUGAGAUCAUAAUAUCUAAGGAUUGCCUGUGUGCAUAUUGAUAGUAAAAUAAAAGCUGCUAGCCUACCAGUGGUCUUUAAAAUUGUACUGAAAAAUUAGUGAAGUGAUUUAUAAUUUGAGCCAAGCAUCUAGUGGUAAGCUCAUCAUUAUCGUUAUUAUUAUUACCCUAGUCACUGUAUUUAUGGGGCUCGUUAAACCCUAAAGGUUACUCAGUGGCAAAAGGCAAGCUCGUCAAUUUUUUUUUUUUUUUUUUUUUUUACAAAUAUCCGUAUAUGUAUACGGUAUAUAAUUAGGAUAGGCAAGUAAUAUUUUCAUUAACAAAGUUUUUAAAUUGUCAUCCAAGGUCAAAACCCACUUUGAUAUUUAUAACAAAGCAGGCUUUGUGUAAUUGCUAAGGUUCUCCCACUCCCUUACAAAAAUGGUUUGUCUUGUAUACUGGCUAUUUGUAUAUACGUGCAGGUACUUUAUUAUCGAUAUUACCAAAAUUAAUGAUAACUGUUACCAUGAUAUCAAAUUUGGUAAUGAUGAAACUAUUGACUAUGUAGAUGAAUAAGAUGGCAUAAUGAUUAAAACAAUUUAAUUGGAA